AUGACAACUAAUUGCCCUAACUGUUUGAAAGAGUUUCAGAGCGCUUGGGCUGUUUCACGACACCUGAGCCAGCCCCUUACAUCCUCGCAAAUCUUGCAAGACUCACAGUUCGCGGACCAGCACGCAACUCUCGGCCCAUCUGAGUCGUCAUCCAACCCUCGUCAUUCCAGAACACCAAGCCCUUUUCAAGUUCAAGUUGAUAGUGAGGAAAUGGUGCAUGUUCAGGAUUUGAAUGACUCGGGCUAUUUCUACGGUGACGAGGGAGGCGUGGUGGGCUUGGAGAGUGACCUGCCAGGGUCGGUUGAAGAGCCUUUGGGCAGCCAAGCUUCGGAGAAGCCUUACGUCGAGCGCUUCAGGAACGCUGCGAAAGUGUAUCGGCGCGGCCAGACCUUUUGGGACAGGUUUAAUAUGGAUCCCUAUUCAGCAUAUCGCAAGGACAACCUUUACUAUCCAUUCGCGUCCCGUCAGGACUGGGAGCUCGGCAGCUUUCUCCUGUGCUCGUCAUUAAGUAUGGCCGCCAUAGAUGAGUUCCUGGAGCUCGAAUUAAUUAAAGCAUUGUCUCUCUCCUUUUGUACAGCCAAGGAGUUGCGUGGUCGUGCUGAGCUGCUACCUCCUGUUCCGAAGUGGCAGUACCGCAUAGUCUCAACCACUCACCCAACAAAACAGCCGCUAUAUUUGUACUGGCGCGAUCCAUUGGAUUGUAUCGAAUCGCUUUUUAGCCACCCGUUGUUUGCUAAAGAAAUAGAUGUCACGCCGCAACGUGUAUAUCACACAGUGGAAUGCACAUCACGAAUUUACAAUGAAUGGCUGACAGGUGACGCAGCAUGGUCGAUGCAGUCACAACUUCCAGAUGGUGCGACAUUGUUAGGCAUCAUACUGUCCUCUGAUAAGACCAACAUCACCAACAUGACUGGUGGACGUGUCGCUCACCCGCUCCUGAUCAGCCUUGCCAAUAUCAAGAUGGCAACUCGAAACAAGGCAUCCUCACAUGCUUUCCUCCUAACAGCGCUGCUUCCAAUUGCUGAAUUUCUGCAUCCAGUGAAACGGAUGCAGAGUGUUCUUGAAGCCCGCUUAGUCCACCAGUGUCUAGAUAUCGUGCUAGAGCCGCUCAAGCAAGCUGCACGCAUCGGCCGGAUGAUGUCGGACCCACUUGGGAACCUCAGAUACUUUGUGACCCCCCUCAACGUCGAAGGUUACUUUAAUGCAUGCGCUCCAUUCCGCCUGAGUGGCGUAGCCCAGCCAUUCUGGCGUGAUUGGUCACUUGCGGAUCCGCAUGUAUUUUUCACUCCCGAACCCCUGCAUCACUGGCACCGUGAGUUCUAUGAUCACGAUGUUAAAUGGUGUCUUGCAGCUGUUGGCGAACAGGAACUAGACUUUCGCUUCUCCGUUUCGCAACCACUCACGACGUUCCGACACUUCAAGGAUGGCAUUUCCAAGCUUAAACAAGUCACUGGAAGAGCCCAACGUGAUAUGCAACGCUAUAUUGUUGCUCUCAUUGCCGACGCAGCCCCCCGUAGUGUUGUGAUAGCUAUUCUCGGUGCCCUCGAGGAAUUUCACGAACACAAGCAAGAAAUCAUUGCUUGCGGUGCACGUCGAGGUGCAAAGAGCAAACAGGUCCUCGACAACUGGCAUAUACCCAAAUUGGAGUUGAUGCAGAGUGUCGAGCCCAGCAUACGUCAAGUCGGCUCUCUCUUGCAGUGGUCUGCUGACACCACAGAGCACGCUCACAUCACCCUAAUCAAGGAUCCCGCAGAUUCCUCCAACAACAUCAACUAUGAUGCUCAAAUAUGCCGGUUUCUUGAUCGCCGAGAGAAAUGUCGAAACUUCCAGAUUGCAACAUCAAUAAUCGCUCGUUCACAAUCACAGUCACAAGCUUCUACUUCUCGAAUGACGGACACCAGUUCGGAACAUCAUGACGAGUCGCACGACGAAGAUCCACACGCCGACAAAUCAAACUUGCAGACAGGUUUGGAUGAUCUCUGGGGGCCGAAGCGUGUACCAGACCUCAUCCGCACAUUCGUGGUCGGUGCAGCAGGCAAUCCACCUGAAUUUCGAUCCUUCGAUACGACAGCAUACCAGUCGAAUGUCGUCGCUGACAAAUUCUCUCUACCUGACUUGCGGGGAGCACUCGCUGACUAUAUUCAACGAGAGGGCUAUGGCUCAGAACCAUUGCCUGAUGCACCUCUUCCUUUUAAUGACCUUAUGGUCUGGUUUAAAGUACGCGUGCAGCAGGCAUCGUACCACAGCCCAUCAAUCACUCCUCCUGCUCUCACAGUCAACGCGCAUCCUCCGAGCGCAACUUGGAAGUAUGGGCGUUAUGACGCUGCUAUUUUCACUGUUGAUGACACCGGACGUGAACAAUGGCCUACUAGUGGGCUUAAAGGCCAUGAUGUUGUUGAGGUGCACCUUAUCAUGCAACCGCUUCCUCCACGAGGAAAACCUGGUAGUGCCCCUUGGGCCACGCGUUUUCUUACUUAUGUUCAGCGCCUAGAUGUUAUGCCUCAGCGUCAUGGAAGCUUGCUGGAAUGCACAACACAGAUGCAUGUUUUAAAACGUGCAAUGCGAUCAGCAGGGACUCCCUUCGGUGAUAUCCUCCCACUAGAUCAACUUCGUUCUUUUGCUCAAAUUAUCCCCCGCUUUGGUCGUGUUGCUGAUUCUCGUUUAACAGCACAAAAUAGUGCUCACUUUGCUCAGACAUUCUUCCUAAAUAAGUACAUCAACAAAGACUUCUACUAUGCUAUCUCAAACUAG